AACACAAAACCUCAUUAAGUGUUCAACAUUUUCAUUGGACAUGGUCACUCUUUGUAGAGGUUUAGGGUUUAACCGCGGCCAAUUCCUCUCCUUCCCUAACUUUUUCUUUCUACGCACUUUCAUGGCUUCUUCUCCCCUCGCUUCUCUUUCCCCUGCUUCUCCUUCUCCUUCUGAUUCUAUUCCCCUAAAACGAGUCGGAACUCACCAUGGGAGCUUCCAUUGUGAUGAAGCGCUUGGUUGCUUCAUGAUUCGCUUGACGGAUAAGUUCUCUAAUGCUCAAAUUGUUCGCACCCGUGAUCCCCAGGUUUUACAAGGUCUUGAUGCUGUCCUUGACGUUGGGGGUGUUUAUGAUCCAAGUCAUGAUCGAUAUGACCAUCAUCAAAAGGGGUUUGAAGAGGUUUUUGGUCACGGUUUCUCCACGAAGCUUAGCAGCGCUGGUCUUGUUUAUAAGCAUUUUGGAAAGGAGAUUAUUGCGAAGGAACUUCAAGUUGAUGAAGGGCACCCAGAUGUGCAUAGGCUAUUCUUGGCUGUUUACAAAAGUUUCAUGGAGGCAAUUGAUGCUGUAGAUAAUGGGAUUAAUCAGUACGAUACGGACAAGCCACCGAAAUAUGUGAAUAAUACACACCUAUCUUCAAGGGUGGGGAGAUUGAAUCUGGACUGGAUAGACCCUGAUCAAUCACCUGAGAAUGAGAAUAAGGCCUUCGAGAAAGCAAUGGCCCUUGCCGGCAACGAGUUCUUAGAUAGUGUUCGAUUUCAUGCAAAAUCAUGGCUACCAGCACGGUCAAUUGUGAUGGGAUCUCUUGCAGCAAGACACACUAUCGAUCCUAGUGGAGAAAUAAUGGUUAUGACAACAUUUUGCCCGUGGAAACUUCAUCUAUUUGAGCUCGAAGCGGAGUUAAAGAUUGAAAACUCAAUCAAAUACGUGCUCUAUCAAGACGAUAGAAGCAAACACUGGCGUGUGCAGGCAGUGGCUGUAUCUCCCGAUAGAUUUGAGAGUCGUAGACCUCUUCCUGCCCAAUGGCGAGGUUUAAGGGAUGAGGAACUCUCAAAAGAGUCUGGGAUACCUGGUUGUGUGUUUGUUCAUAUGAGUGGAUUUAUUGGUGGCAAUCAAACGUACGACGGGGCUCUUACUAUGGCAAAAAAUGCAUUGAAGCUGUAGAAAAAUCGAGAUCUAUUGAUACAUUUACGUAGCUCGUAGCUUUGAAUCGGAGAAUAGUGUGUUAAUUUGAGUUAAAAGGCUUACUGUGUUUAUGACUUUUUGAGUCCUCUCUCAUUCUUCCAAUUUGAAAACAUUUGCUGUAGAAUUGGAUAUCUUUGAUUUUGAUAUUUGGAAAUAGAAAUCUUUGAUGCCAUAUACAACAAGACAA